CUCGCCGUGACCGAGAGCGACUUGAUCGAGGCGAAGGCGACAGCGGCGAGGUUUACGCUUGACGACACCAGGCGUUUGAUGGCACAGGUUCACAAGCAGCACUCUCGUGAUCCCAAUUUCCCCGGCCAUACCAUCGAGAUGAUUGAGGAUUUUCUUGGCAAUGAGGAGGUCUUCAGCAAUCCCGAGAAGCAUGAGCAGCUCAUCGAAGAGAUGAAGAUCCAGGCAGCUCUCAUCACCAACAAUUCGCCCUACGCCGAGGUGCGCUCUGUUGUCGACAACCACGACGAUCCGUCGAUGCCUGUGUCCACCAUCCGAGCUUGGGCAAUUGGCAUAUUCUUUUCCUGCUGCAUUUCCUUCAUCAACGCCUUCUUCGACGUGCGCAUGCCCAGCAUCUAUGUCAUCGCGGCGGUCCCGCAGCUGCUCGCUUACCCGCUUGGCAAAUUCAUGGAGCGCGUGCUGCCCGAUGUGGGCUUCACCCUGUUUGGCGUCCGCCACAGCCUGAACCCUGGUCCCUUCAACAAGAAGGAGCACAUGCUCAUCACCAUCAUGGCCAACGUGGCCAAGAGCACGCCGUACACCAACUACGUCGUCUGGAUCCAAGUACUGCCCAAGUACUUCAACCAGCCAUGGGCCAUGAGCGUCGGCUACCAGCUUCUGAUCGCCCUGUCGACCAACUUCAUCGGUUACGGCCUUGCCGGUAUUUGCCGCCGCUUCCUGGUGUAUCCGGCCUACUGCGUGUGGCCCUCUUCGCUGGUCACCAUCGCCCUCAACACGGCGUUCCAUGACACGUCCACAGAGGCGGCAACAGUCGUUGGCCCCUUCAGGUCCAUCUGGAAGAUGUCCCGCCUGAAGUACUUCACAUGGGCCUUCGGGCUUAUGUUCGUUUACUUUUGGUUUCCCAAUUACAUCUUUGGCGCCUUGAGUCUCUUCAGCUGGAUGACCUGGAUCGCGCCCGAGAACGCAGACCUCGCCAACAUCACUGGAGGCACCUCCGGCCUCGGCUUCAACCCGUUCCCGACGUUUGAUUGGAACGUUGUGACGUUCAUGGUCGACCCCUUGAUGGUGCCAUUUUUCUCCACUUUCAACUACUUCCUGGGCGCCUUGGUUGCCGGCUUCGUCAUCAUCGCCAUUUACUACAGCAAUGCGUUCAAUACGGGCUACCUCCCUAUCAACUCCAACUUGCCGUUCGACCACUUCGGCAAUCCGUACAACGUCAGCGCUGUUGUCGACGAGAGGGGAAUAUUCGACGCCGAAAAGUAUGCUGCCUAUUCGCCUCCAUUCUUGGCUGCCGGCAACCUCGUCGUAUACCUCUUCUUUUUCGCCGUGUACACGUCGACGAUCACGUACGCCAUGCUCUACCAUCGCCAUGAGAUUAUGCUCGGUUUCCGCGAUGUCGCGAGAAACGUUAGGUCGUGCGCGGAGGCAGAAGUCGAGGACGAUGUGAACAUGCUCGACGUCCACAACCGCCUGAUGCGCGCCUAUCCGGAAGUGCCCGAGUGGUGGUACACGGUGUGCCUGGCCAUCGCCCUUGCCCUCGGCAUGAUUGGCGUCGGGGUGUAUCCGACAAACUCUACGCCUUGGGUGGUGAUCUACGGCAUCGUGCUGUGCCUCAUCUUCGUCGUUCCGGUCGGCAUCAUCAAGGCUAUGACGGGCGUCGAGGUUACCCUCAACGUGCUGGCCGAGUUCAUCGGAGGAGUGUGGGCCGAGGGCAACGCGAUCGAAAUGUGCUUCUUCAAGUCGUACGGCUACGUAACGUGCGCCCAUGCGGUCGCUUUCUCCAACGACCUGAAGUUGGCCCACUACCUCAAGAUUCCGCCACGGUUCACAUUCUGGGCGCAGAUGGUGCCUACUCUCGUCUCGACGUUCGUCUGCAUGGGCAUCCUCCAGUACCAAACGCACAUCAAGGACAUAUGCACGAAGCACGCGCCUUUCCGGUUUACCUGCCCGGGUGCCAACACCUUCUUCACCGCGGCCGUGUUCUGGGGUACCGUUGGUCCACGCAAGAUGUGGGGCGUCGGCGGGCCAUACGCCAUCACGCUGAUCGGCUUCCCCCUGGGAGUCGCUCUCGUCGUUCUGUUCUAUCUGCUCAGCCGCAAGUGGCCCAAGAACGCCGUCAUCCGGAAUGCGCAUCCGGUCGUCAUGGUCAAUGGCGCGCUGUCGUGGUCCCCGUACAACCUCAUUUACAUAUGGCCAGCGGUGCCCGUGGCCGCCUUCUCGUGGCUUUAUGUGAAGAAACGGUUCUUGGGGCUGUGGUCCAAGUACAACUUUGUCACCUCGGCAGCGUUUUCGUGCGGCAUCGCGAUCAGCGCCGUCAUCAUCUUCUUCGCGCUGCAGAUCUCGGACAUCGAGCUGGAUUGGUGGGGCAACUCGGUCAACAACGACGGCUGUGACGGCCGAGGCGACUGCGUGCUCAAGGUGCUGGCCGACGGCGAGUACUUUGGCCCGAGAAUUGGUGAAUUCCACUAG